UGAGCCUGAGCUCCGCCAAGAGCCGUUAAGUUGCGAGGGGACGUCGCUCCGUCUUCCCUUUUUUUUUUUUUUGCCUGUGUGAUUUGUACAUUUGUCUCGGUGUAAAGAGAUGACGCUGCUCCUAGUGCCUUGUUGUGGGUAAAGUGCGCCCCCCCUAAAAAAAAAUCAAGCUGACUACAUCUUCAGUUUAUGAAUGGCCCCGACAUGGAGGAAGCGCCGCUUGAGAAAGUCCGAAGCCGGCGGAAGAGGAGUCCGUGUCCGCCGGGCUUCCCGGUGAGCAGCAUCGCCUGCGAGGACGAGUUCGACUGCAAGGAGCUGGAGUCUCUGUUCCAAAACUACAACCUGAAGCUGGAGCAGACGUCCACGCUCAAGGCGCUCGCUGUGCUCAUCGUCAUGUCGUCGGCGCUGGCCGGCGGGGAGCUCCUGGGCGGCCCCGGCCACCUCACCAUCUCCAAGGGCUCGCACCCGGUGCACUGCAUCGUCUUCACGUCGCUCUUCAUCGUCACCAACGUCAAGUACCUGCAGGUGACUCAGUUGCAGCAGAUCGUCAACCUCAGCCUGCUCUUCGGCUUCACCUUCGCCUUCCUCUGCUGUCCCUUCUCGCUGGGCGCCGCGGGCUCCGAGACACACGCGUCGCCCGACCAGGGCGUGUGGCAGCUUGUCCUGGUCACUUUCGUCGCCUACGCGCUGCUUCCCGUCCGGACCCUGCUGGCCGUGCUCUUCGGGCUCAUGGUGUCCGUGUCGCACCUCAUUGUGACCGCAACCUCCGUCAGGACGCAGAAACUCUGGAGGACGUUGGUGGCCAACACGGUGCUGUUCACCAGCGUCAACCUGUCGGGCCUAUUUGUGCGCAUCUUGACGGAGCGAGCGCAGAGGAAGGCCUUCCUGCAGGCGCGCAACUGCAUCGAAGAGCGACUUCGCAUGGAGGACGAAAACGAAAAACAGGAGCGCCUCCUCAUGAGUUUGUUGCCCAGGAACGUCGCCAUGGAAAUGAAGGAGGACUUCCUGAAGCCGCCAGAAAGGAUCUUUCACAAGAUCUACAUUCAGCGCCACGACAACGUCAGCAUCCUGUUUGCAGACAUUGUCGGCUUCACCAGCUUGGCCUCCCAGUGCACCGCUCAGGAACUGGUUAAACUCCUGAACGAGCUUUUUGGAAAGUUCGACGAGCUCGCUACGGAGAACCACUGUCGUCGGAUCAAGAUCCUGGGGGAUUGCUAUUAUUGCGUGUCUGGCCUGACGCAGCCCAAGACGGACCACGCCCACUGCUGCGUGGAGAUGGGACUGGACAUGAUUGACACCAUAACGUCAGUGGCAGAGGCCACGGAAGUCAACCUGAACAUGCGUGUGGGCCUGCACACGGGCAGGGUGCUGUGCGGAGUGCUGGGCCUCAGGAAGUGGCAGUACGACGUGUGGUCCAACGACGUCACUCUCGCCAACGUGAUGGAGGCCGGGGGACUGCCCGGGAAGGUCCACAUCACCAGAGCCACACUAGAGUGCCUGAACGGAGACUACGAGGUGGAGCCGGGAAACGGUCACGAGCGCAACGCCUUCCUCCAAAAACACCAGAUUGAAACUUUCUUUAUCGUGCCAUCUCACCGACGCAAGAUAUUCCCAGGAUUGAUUCUGUCGGAUAUCAAACCGGCCAAAAAGAUGAAGUUCAAGACCGUGUGCUACUUGCUGGUGCAGCUCAUGCACUGCAGAAAGAUGUUCAAGGCCGAGAUCCCCUUCUCCAAUGUCAUGAACUGCGAGGACGGCGAUAAGCGGAGGGCCAUGAGGACGGCGCCGCAGAAACUGCGAAACCGGCCCAACGCCAACCAGGCCAACGUGGUCCAGAGCAGCCCCAGAACCCGGGUCAACCGUUACAUCGGGCGGCUGAUCGAGGCCCGGCAGACCGAGUCGGACACGGCCGACCUCAACUUCCUCACGCUCAUGUACAAGUGCUCGCAACGCGAGCAGAGGUACCACCAGGUUCCGGAUGAGUACUUCACCAGCGCCGUGGUUCUGUCGCUGAUCCUCGCUGCCUUGUGUGGCCUUGUCUAUCUUCUCAUGAUACCGCAUGGCAUAGUGGUUCUGGUGCUGCUUGUCCUCUGCAUCUGUUUCCUGGUAGCAUGUAUCAUGUAUCUUCAUAUUACCAGCAUACAGUGUUUUCCAGGGUGCCUGACCAUUCAGAUCCGCACUGCUCUCUGCAUUCUCAUAGUGCUCUUAAUCUAUGCUGUGGCCCAAGCCUGCGUGGUGGGCUGCAUGCCCUGGCUGUGGGGUCCCGCCAACCCCAACAGCUCCAUCGUCAUCAUGGACGAGGACGGCGGCGCCAACCGUACCAUGGCCGAGCUGCCGUGCGAGGGCGCCCGCUACGCCUUCCUGUCGUGCGCGUUGGGCACGCUCACCCUGGCGCUCUUCCUGCGUGUCUCCUGGCUGCCUAAGAUGGCGCUGAUGCUCCUGCUGGGGGUGCUCUACGUCACCGUGCUGGAGCUCAGCGGUUUUCGCAAGACCGCCGGUGGGGGGUCCUUCCACAUGCGGGGCUACGAGCCCAUCCUGUCUCUGUUGCUCUUCGUCAGUGCCCUGGCCCUCCACUCCAGGCAGCUUGACCUCAAACUGCGCUUGGACUUCCUUUGGGCAGUGCAGGCAGAGGAGGAAAGGGACGGCAUGGAAAAAGUCAAACUGGACAACAGGCGGAUCCUGUUCAAUCUGUUGCCGGCACACGUUGCGCAACAUUUCCUGCUGUCCAACCCCAGGAACAUGGAUCUUUACUACCAGUCCUACGCACAAGUCGGCGUCCUGUUUGCCUCCAUCCCGAACUUCAACGACUUCUACAUCGAGUUGGACGGCAACAACAUGGGAGUGGAGUGCUUGAGACUGCUCAACGAGAUCAUUGCAGACUUUGAUGAGCUCAUGGACAAAGAGUGCUACAAAGAUAUUGAGAAGAUCAAGACCAUCGGGAGCACGUACAUGGCAGCCGUGGGCCUCGUCCCCACCGUUGGAACCAAGGCUAAAAAGUCCGUUUACGACCACCUGAGCACAAUAGCGGACUACGCCAUUGAGAUGUUUGACGUGUUGGAUGAAAUCAACUAUCAGUCUUACAAUGAGUUUGUCUUGAGAGUCGGGAUCAAUGUUGGUCCAGUGGUGGCAGGGGUCAUCGGGGCACGGCGACCCCAGUAUGACAUUUGGGGGAAUACGGUCAACGUGGCCAGUCGCAUGGACAGCACGGGAGUACCAGGGAAGAUUCAGGUGACGGAGGAGGUCUACCGCCUGCUGAACUCGGACUACGACUUGGUGUGCCGCGGCAAAGUGAGCGUGAAGGGCAAAGGCGAGAUGCUGACGUACUUCCUGGAGGGUAAGGUGCAGGGCGUGGGCACGGCCACCAUCUCGUCGGUGGUACGCUCGGCCAGCCUGGCGCGCCGCAUCCACUCCUGCGGCAAGACCAGCGUGCCCGCCACCCUGGGCAGCGUCUCCUCGGUCGCCGCCUCCCCCAAAAACCGGCCCACGUGCCUGCCCUCCUCCUGCGUGCCUGCGGUGGGUGAAGUGGAGGAAGAGGAGGGCGAGGAAAUAGAUGUGACACAGAUUGAAAUUGAAGCAGUGGCCACCGUGGCCACCGUGGCCACCGUGGCCGAUGCUGCGGUGUAGACACAAACACAAGUGUGUGACCUCAGUGAAGGUAAGAAGAAACGAGAGAUGGAGGCCUUGAGGAGACCGGCGUGCAUGUUUCCUGCAGGUGCGACGCUCAUUUAGGAAAUGAGUCCAGACAAUCAUACUCGCUGGAUUUUGUUUUCUUUUUCCUUUUUUUUUUAGGGGAUUUCAGCUGCUCGCCACUCUUUGGACACACUCAGACAAACCAUCCAUUCUUUGCAGGUAAAAUCUCUGCUGAGGGGAUCUUCUACAGUAUGUGCAUUUAUUUAUUUAUUUAUAAAUGAUUUUCUUAUUGCUUUUGCACUGUCCUUCUAAUGAUGCCAAGGAUGCAUUGUAUUAUUUACAGCUGUCACUCAGUGUUUCUAAGCAUGCGUGAGUGUGUGUGGUGGUAUGACACAGCACAAUGACAUUUUUGGCUCUAACCGACCGCUGCAUGACCUUUGACAAGUUGGCAGCCAUAGCCAUGAAUACGAUUGCCCCCUUAAAGUAAACCAAAGUCAUGAGCUUUUCAAAACGGCACCCACUCCGUUGGCACACUUUUCAACACCAUCCGAUAAGCUAAAAUGUGUCUUUUUUUUUUUUCUUUUUCAAACCCUGUCAGUCUAUGGGUAUCUUUUGAUGCAGUAAAUACAUUGUGAGCAACAAAACUUGCAGAAUUGGUGCAAACACAAACAACAUGGCUUGGGAAUGCAAAGCCAGCGGGCCAUUGUGGCCAGAUGUGUGCGAUUCUAAAAAAAGACAUUCAGCCCGCGAAUAAUAAGAGUUGUAGGUCGUUCUAAAAGGAAAAAAGGAGUUCCCUAAACCUGACUCGUGGUAUUACAUAAGACGGUAUUAAAGCACACAAGCAGUCGAUCAACCACUGGUGCAUUUAGCCCACGUUCCUCUUAUAGCCAUACAGUGGACCCCCCCCCCCCCCCUCAGUAUUUCUUUAGAAUCCAUCAAAGGUUUGCUAAAAACAGGUCUAAGUUGUGGCGCAGAUGCUGUAAUGCAAUUUUGGUGCGCUAAAUUUAAAGGGAAUGAGAGAACCCGCUUCCAUUGGCUGUGUUCACUCCCACAACGGCGCUACAGUUUAUUUCUAACUCUGUUUGUCUGCAAAAAUACCAAAAGAAAGAAAACUUAACUCACAAGUCAGAGUGAUGUUUGACAAUGUUUAAAAUGCAAUUUGUGUUUCGGGAUUCCGUUUUGCGGCGGGGGUCAAUUAUCGGCGGAGAAUCGUUAUUUGAGGUGCGUGGUGGUCCGCUGUACGCCAUACGGUUGUAUCUUUAGCAUUUACCUGCACCUGUGUACAUACAAUAUGUCAUGUUUCUGCCUUAUUCCAUGUCAAGCUUAAUCGUCUUUGCAACCUGCCUUUUUACACAAAUUCAUUUUGAUAUGCAGGUUAUACUCUUUUAUGUUUUUCUUUGUAAAUAUCCAAACGCCUGUAAGCGACAUUACAACUUGUACAGUGUAAAGAUGGUUUCUUGAAUAUUUUGUAAUAAAGAUAAUAUUGGUGUAUAAAAUGAGGAAAUGUCAUAGUCAUAGUGACUGAUCAAAAGUAAACUAUGAACUUACAAGGGGAAAAAAAAGUUUGUUGUUUUAACGUGGUGUUCAAGUACACGCACGCACCUUGUGAAGCAAAGAGGGGCAAUUUGAGGUAAAUGACAGUUCACAAACAAGCCACCCCUCCUCUUUCCAUUAGCCAAUGUAACUGCUUGCUGGCAUAUACGCAACAUUUCAACACUUUUUUUUUUCCAUCAUCAGUAGAACAUGAAAAUUAAUCACGUUACUGUAUAAUGAUGACAUGUUGCUUCAAGCUCUCUGAACUUCGUGAGCACAUUACAUACAAUGCUUUAUACUAUAAAGCUAGCUGAAAUUUUAAAUAAAGCGGAUGGAAUUUGACCUCUCGCGACCACGUAUUGUGCAAUAAAAAUUGCGCUGAUUUUUUUGUCCGACCUGGUGUCACCCUUCUGUACAUCGAAGGGCAGCUGGGAUUGGCUGAUA